UGUCACCACAACCAGCCGCACCUUCGUGUGGGCACACCGGGAGACAAAACCACGGCUGCACACCAAACAGAAGAAGCGCUCCGUCCUGAUGCACGCAAAGCGUUCACGCGCGGCAAUUAAGAUGUCACGUUACACCUAAGGAUUUAUUUUGACGCUCAAACAUUACGGAAAGUUCUCACACUUAAACCUUCGUACGGUGCGCGUUUUCAUUAUGAUCAACGACACUUUUGCAUUUGGAGACCUGGACGCGAACGUAUCGGAGUCACUGUCACCUCUGUCUCUCAACCACAACCAGAGUGUGUUCCCCGCGCUGCGCCUGGAGUCCAAGUCUCUCGUCACUUCAGCCACGAUGUUCGCCGUGGGGGUCCUGGGAAACAUCGUCGCCAUCGUUGUGCUUUGCAUCUCCAAAAAGGAGCAGAAGGAAACCACUUUCUACACCCUAGUGUGCGGGAUGGCCAUCACGGAUCUGUUGGGCACAUGCUUCACCAGCCCGGUGGUGAUCGCCACAUAUGUCGCCAACCGCUGGCCAGGAGGAGCGCUACUCUGCCACUUCUUCUCCUUCUCCAUGCUUUUCUUCGGCUCAGCUGGGGUGUCAAUCCUGUGCGCCAUGGCCGUGGAACGAUACUUGGCCAUAAACCAUGCGUAUUUCUACUCCCAGCACAUAGACCGGACAAUGGCGCGCUUUGCGCUCCUGGUCACGUACCUGGCUAACGUUUUACUGUGUAUCAUGCCCAGUUUGGGCUUCGGGCAGCACGUCAGGCACUUUCCAGGGACUUGGUGCUUUUUGGACUGGAGGGCGAUGGAUCCACUUGGAGCUUGCUACUCCUUAUUGUACGGCGGCGUGAUGCUGGUGCUGAUCGCAGUGACCGUUUUGUGUAAUUUGGCGGUGUGCAAGUCGUUGGUGGGGAUGAACCAGACCACGGGGAUAGUCAGGACCGAGUCCUGCGAGCAGGGGGGAUCACGUCGCCGCUUCCCCAGGCUGCCGUCGGUCACCUCGGCGGCGGAGAUUCAAAUGUUCUGGCUUCUGAUCCUAAUGACCAUCGUUUUCCUGGUCUGCUCCAUACCUUUAGUUGUGCGCAUCUUCGUGAACCAGCUGUACGACCCUGCUUACAUCUCUGCCGGGGGGAAGCCUGACUACCGCAGCGACAUGUUGGCGAUCCGCUUCGCCUCAUUCAACCCCAUAUUAGACCCCUGGGUGUACAUUUUGUGCAGGAAGAACCUGCUACUAAAAGGCUGCGAGACGCUGAAGAGGACAGUGGUCAGCGUUAAAGACGGUCGUGGAGACAACAUCGGCUGGGUAGGAGGUCAACACUCUCCUCCGUCAUUACACAGCAACGACACCAGCUACGCGUCAUUACGCACGGCCUGCUACAGGAACGACCUGGAACACCGCUUGUCCAUCAAGAAUAAAUCUUUCACAGACUUUGCGAUGAGGGAAGCGUGGGAGUACGACACCGCCCGGGCCAACUUCCACCCGUUCAGCGUCGAGUCCACCGCGGUGCUCGGGUGUGAAGAGGAGGAAGCAGCAGCCGCUGGUUCCCGACAGGAGGUGGCAGCCAAGUCGUCUCCAAGACGCAGCGCAGAGCCGCUCCUGUCUGCGGACGUUAGAAACCUGGACGUAGUCACUUGCACGUUCAGCACACCGAGUUCAUGUCAGUCAGCGGAAUGCCUUUGAUAGACAGGUGUUCAACAUCUGUUUAAAAUACUGUGAGUAAAAUCAACGACGCCAAUGAUGAAGUCCACACUGGAUCUCUUUAAAUGUUUGAAUUACAACCUAACGGCCUUGUCAGAAUCUAAUGGAAAACAUUGAGGGAUUUUGAUUCAAAUGAAGACCAGGUUAAAACAAUAUCAGACUUAAAAUAUUCCUUCUCAAUUUGCUGCAUAAUCCAAGUCUAUUCAAUCACUAUUUCACAAACACACGCAUCUUCAUGAAACAGUUCGAACCGCUGCCUGGGGAUGGAUUCUCUCACAUGGGCGUUACUGCUCCGUCUGUCCGGGGGCCUUUAACCCUAUCGGGAUUCUCUGGUCAUCGUGGGGCUGUACGCAGAAAAGCAGACAUCCCAGAUGACACCUGAUGAAUUUCCAAACAUGGAAAUCUAUAAAUAAAUGAUACAUAAUUAUACCCCAUGGGUACAAAUAAAGGUUGUGACACUCAAAAGGAUUUGAUGUAUGAAUCAAUAUGUGCCAUUCGUAAUAUAUUUAUAUAUGCAUUAUGUGUUGUUGUUGCAUUGGAUUUCAUACUUUUAUAAAAACUAAAGUGCUGCUAAUUUACUCUGUUUUGCAUGAUGCAGGGAAAACUGAAUGUAGAACUUUUGAAAAUGAUUAAAUAUUGUGCACAUUUACUAUAAUGUUUUGAUAACAGCCAAAGUGAACGAAUCACCUCUUUUUAAAAGAAGAAAAAGAAAUACUGUAGUUGUAAGCUGUACGACCUGUGGUGCUUGUUUGAUGUUUGGUGGAUCUGUGCAGAGAAAUAAAGUUGGCUCAAGCGCUUCAAAGCAAAUUCUGGGUUAAGCAGAAGGGCGGCGGGCCAACGAUGCUCCUUUGAGUUCAACCUGGGAACACGUAAACAUUUUAUUGACUCAUUUGAAUGACUUAUUGUGUCGCAGUUGGCUCUGCGACACAAUAAGUCCUCAGGAAAUUUAGCUGAAAAAAAGCAUUGUGAAUGGCAGUCAGAAGCAUUCAGUAAAGCAAACAGUGAUAACAAGAUGUAUAUUA